AAUCUAUUCAUAUUAUAGCAUAUAAAUGAUAAUGAAAUUGAAUUCAGAUGUUUUAGGAAAUUGAAUAUGAAGGUGAUUUGUCAGAUAUAUACUCUUUAUGCAUUUCUUUAAUCAACUUAUAAUGUGUUAUGCAUUUCUUGUAGUAUGAUCUAGAGCUGGUAAUUUUGGACACGACUAGAUUACACGAUACGACACGAUACGGAGUUAAGCGGGUUAGAGUUGGGGUUAAUUGGGUUCGGGUCAACCCGUUUAUAACACGAUUAUUUUAGUGUAUUAGGCAGGUCAACCCGUCUAACCUGUUUAAAUACGAAAUGACACGUUUAAUUAAACGUGCUAACGGGUUGACCCAAACACAUUAACACGAUUAUAUACGAAAUGACACGUUUAAUUAAAAUGAUUAGUGGGUUGAUUUGAACACAUUAACACGAUUAUACACGAAAUAACACGUUUAAAACUAAAUAACACGUUUAACAUGUGACACAACACGACCCAUUUAAAUUAAACGGGUUAAACAGGUUAACAGGUGACACGACACGACACGUUUAGUUAAACGGGUCGUGUCGUGUUACACGUUUAAUAAACGUGUCGUGUUCGAGUUUAAGGAAUUCGACACGAUUAUUAAACGGGUCGUGUUCGAGUUAGCCUGACACGCGUUAUACGUGUGUCUCGACACGACACGAUUACGACCCGCCAACGCAAAUUGCCACCCCUAGUAUGAUCCAUAUGGACUUUUUUUUUUCUUUUUAUUCAAAAAAUUAAUUUUAAGAGAUACUUUAUAUGAUAAUUCGAGUUAGUUUAACAUUGAACCUAGGAGAACAAGUUACAUGUCUCUAUAAUGCCUUUUAGUUCAACCCGUCAAAAAACCAUCCAAAAAGACAAAAAAAUGAUCAAGCCUUGGGUUCUUGCACUCUCACGAAACCAGCCAAGGUAGUAUUAUUUUUGGGUGAAUAAUACUCUUUUAAGCCAAUUGACCUACCAUUUGAGCAGCGAUCCAUACCCACAAAGCUAUAGUUACUUAGAGCAUCUUCAUGGCGAGUGGCAUAUAAGGUGUCAUUUCUAUAACCGUCGAAAUGACAUCUCAGAUUAAAAAUUAACCACUUUAAUGGGGGUGGGAUAUGGGGUUAUAAAAUGGCAACAACUCUCUUGAGGUGUCAUUUUUAUAAUUUUUGGAAAGAGAAAAAGGAAGAGAUGCAAACUCUAACCGUUAUUUCUAAUUGGUCUAUUUUAACUUUUAUUAUAAAAUAUUAAUUAUUUGAAUUUAAAAUUUAAUAAAAAACAUUAAAAUAUUAAUGAUACCUUUAUUUUGACACUUGCCAUUAGAGCAGAUUUAUUUUUUAGAAGUGCUAUAACACUAUUUAAAGUUAUAAACAGGUAAUUUAGCACUUCAAAAUGACACUCUCUUUUGAAAAUGCUCUUAUGUCUUGGUUGAAAUAUCAUUAUAGCUAGUAUGUUUCAUUUCCUUUUCACUCUCACUCAUUGCUCCUAAUAGAGAUAUGGUUUCCUUUUUGCUUUAUGUUUUGACUAUCUGUCUAGUUAAUAAAUCCGAUCUAUUGUAUCCAUUUUUCGUCUCAUUAAUUAAAAUUUAACGUUAUUUCAAAAUUCAUUCUACAAUUAAUAGAAAAAAAUUCAUCUCUUCAUCUUUUCUAUCGUUAGUUUCGAAUAAUUACUAUAUUUGGUGAUGUGUACUAAUUUGAUAACUUUAUUUUUUUAUUUAGGAAGACAGCUACAAGGAUAAGAAAUAGGGAAAGGAGAUCUGAACUGAUUAAAUAGUUAUGAUUUUUAUCCAAAAGCUUCAUAUUUCCUAUCAAAUUGAUUUUUAUCAGAAUAUGGUUAUUGGAGGAUAAUAUUGAAAAGAUCCUUUCUUUCCACUAUACACUUCGAAUCUCAUUUCAAUUUGAAGUGAAUUUAUCCGAAUGGAGAAGUUUUCAAAGCCACCGGAUGCUGCCGGGCAGGGUGUGUGUGUAUAUAUAUCGCCAUGAUGAUAUGCAGAAGAAGCCAAUCAAUCAAUCAAUCAUGGCUUCCAUAAUCUCCAUGUUUGCAGCCUUCUUUUGCUGCUUCCUGCUGCUGGCUUCGACGUGCCCAACCGAUGCCCGCAAACAUCUCCAUAAGAAGGAGAAGUUCAACGUCAAGGAUUACGGGGCUGUCGCAGACGGCCGAACCGACGACAGCCCGGCAUUUUUGAAGGCUUGGAAGGACGCAUGCCAGUGGGACGGAAAGGGCAAGGUUUGGAUCCCACGGGGGACAUACUUGUUAAAGCCGGUGACCUUUAAGGGCCCCUGCAAGGGCGAACAUGUCCAUUUUGUGAUCAAGGGCACGCUCACUUCUCCCGGCCAGCUUGACCAGUUCGCCGCCGGCGAUCGCAACUGGAUCAGCUUCCAGUACGUCGAAGGAUUGAAAGUCAGAGGCGGCGGCACUCUCGACGGCCAGGGCUCGCUGGCUUGGGGCUACAAUGACUGCUCCACCAACUCCGAUUGCAAGCCCCUUCCUGUUACGAUGGGGUUCGAUUUCGUGAAAAAGGGGAGGGUUUUUGACAUAAGUUCAGUGAACAGCAAGAGUACCCACUUCAACCUCUUCGGCUGCGACGACUUUCACCUGAGCUUCAUCCGCAUAAGCGCCCCUCAGCUCAGCCCCAAUACCGACGGAAUCCGCAUCGGAUCCUCCACCAACGUCAAGAUCCGGCACGCCGUCAUCGGCACCGGCGACGACUGCGUCUCCGUCCUCUCCGGCAGCCAGAACAUCGACAUCUACGACGUCCGCUGCGGCCCCGGCCACGGCAUCAGCAUCGGCAGCCUCGGCAAGUCCUCCGCCGGCGGCGACGUCAACGAGCUUGUCAGGGACGUCACCGUCUCCCACGCCGUUUUCACCGGCACCCAGAACGGCGUCAGGAUCAAGACCUGGGCGCCGUCGUCGCCCGGCACGGCGGAGAGGCUGAACUUCUACAACGUCGAGAUGCAGAACGUGAAGAACCCCAUCAUCAUCGACCAGCAUUACUGCCCGCAGAGCGACUGCGAUUCCAAGGCGGAGUCUUCGGUUCAGAUCAAGGACGUAACUUUCAGCCGGAUAUGGGGGUGGUCGAGCUCCAAGGCGGCGGUGAAUCUACAGUGCAGCGAGGCGGUGCCGUGCCAGAACGUGAAGCUGAUCGACAUAAAUCUGGGGUACAAGGGGCCUGGUGGUGGGAAGGCAACAUGCAUUCAUGAGAAUGUCAGAGGUCGACAGUCUGGUCGUCUGAUGAACCCUCGUUGCGCUUGAGUUCUUUAAUCCAUAACUGUGCAUUAUGAUUUGAUUUCAAUUUUGUUUCCCAAUUCCCAUCAUCUUGGAAAGAUUACUGUAAA